CGCAGGCCGCAGGGCUCGGAGCGAACGUCCGCACGGGGCCCGGAGCCGGCCGCGCGGUGCGGGCCAAUCAGCGGCGGCGGCUCGCGGCCCCCGAACGUUGGGGACACCCCGGCCCCGCCCCGCGCCGUUGUUUGUGGUGUCGGCGGUCGCGCGGGCCGGACCACAACACUCGCCGGCGGCGGCGGCGGCGGCGGCGGCGGCGGCGGCGAGGGAGCCGAGCGCGGGGCCUCCCGCGGCCGCCCAGCCCGGGGGCGCGCGCCGGAGCCAUGUCGGUGAACAUGGACGAGCUGCGGCACCAGGUCAUGAUCAACCAGUUCGUGCUGGCCGCGGGCUGCGCGGCCGACCAGGCGAAGCAGCUGCUGCAGGCGGCGCACUGGCAGUUCGAGACCGCGCUGAGCACGUUCUUCCAGGAGACCAACAUUCCCGGCAGCCACCCCCACCCGCAGAUGGUAAGGGGCGCGCGCUGUCAGCGCCGUGACAGCCAUGUUGCCGGGCGCCGCGCCGCGAUGUAA